CUUCCCACCUAUAAUUAUAAAUUAUUGAACCACAAUGAUUUCUCUCUUAUUCGAAUACUUAUCUCCGACAAUUCAAAAAUUUUCAGAGGGUUGUCAAACAUGGAGAGAGGUGUUAUGGGGUGUUGUCUUGAUAAACAAACACCAUCAUUUUUAUGGUACCUAAGAACAUUAGAGCAGAGGAAUAUUCGCAAUCUCUCACUAAAUGUGGCUGCUUUGAAUACGAAAAUAAGGUGCCAAAAGCUUGCUCGUUAUCAUGUGGCUUUGUUCAAGAAGGAUACCGUAAGCCAUAUUCCUUGGAGGACAUAUUCCUUGCCUGUUAGUUUGGAAGAAUCUUCAUCAGGACAGCCAGAAGAUUAUUUGAGAGAUGAGGGACAAACAUCUAAUGAUUCACCCACAAAUUCUCCUGCUCAACCAUUAAGCAGUGAUGAGUUGAAGUUGCUGCUGACUGAUUCAGAAAGAUCAAAGCUCACUAAAAAGCUCAGUGAAGCCAAUCAACAAAAUCGCUUCCUCAAGCGACAGCUGCUUGCAAAGGAGGAUGCAUUAAUCAACUUCAAAAGUGAACUUGCAGUCGUGGAACUUGAACUUCAGGCUUUGGUCACAUUGGCAGAAGAAAUAGCUCAGUCUGGCAUUCCAGAAGGUUCAAGGAAGAUCAAUGGAAGAUACAUCCAAUCUCACCUUCUCUCCCGGUUAGAAGCUGUACAAGAGAAGUUAAAGGAACAGAUUAAGGAUGUAGAUGCUGCACAAUCCAAGGAGGUCUCGGUAAUCUGGUGUGGCAUGGCAGAGAGUGUACAAGUAAUGGGCACAUUUGACGGCUGGAGUCAGGGGGAGCACUUAUCGCCAGAGUAUACUGGUUCCUUUACUAAAUUCUCCACCACAUUGAUGCUUAGACCUGGAAGGUAUGAAAUCAAAUUUUUAGUUGAUGGAGAGUGGCAGCUAUUUCCUGAAUUUCCUACUGUUGGUGAGGGAUUGAUGAAAAAUAACUUGUUAGUGGUGGAGUAGCUUCAGGUCACCUGUUCUAAUUUCAUUACAUUUGUAGAGUAACUGAUACGAGUUACUUUCGCCUAACUCAUUGCUUCUACUUAUUUAUUGUUUAUCUGAUAAGCAUUAUUCAAAAAAAAAAAAAAAUGUUAUCUGAUAAGGAGGGAGGGUCUAAAGCUGCAAAAUUAUGAGAAGAUUUUGUAUAUAUGAAUAAAAAGGAACUGUUUUUGUUUACUUGAAGUACAAUUUCUUUUUCUUUCUUUGUUUCGUGCUUCUUUCUUUGUUUCUUUUUCUCUUAAGUAAACGAGAAAGGUAAAUUUGAUUUAGUUGCAAGGGUUAAAUUCAAAGACUGUUUGAGGAAGAGGAGAUUAGAAAGGUUGCUUGAGAACUAGGGACUGAUAGAGAACAUUGCAGACAAUUUUUCUAAUACUUUCUUCCAAAUUUAUCAGGAGUUUGUGAAAAGAGAUUUACUCAAGAUCUUUUAGAAUUCUAUUGAAUGGGAAGAUGGGGAUUAGCAUGCUCUCUACCUCUAUAACUCUUGAAGGCAUGAUACUCUUUCAGGUAUAGAACAUGGAAAACCAGGGAAAUCCUGAUCUUUGGUUGAAGUUGCAAUUUGUAGGCAACCUGCCCUUCCUGUGUUUUGAUUGGAAAUGGAUCAUCACAGCCUGGAGCUAGUUCUUGAGAAGUCUCGUUGGCCUAAUGUUAGUUGGCAAUAGGGAUGGACUUAGAGGACACAAAUCACCCAUGGUUGAUUGAGCUUGCAACAGAUGAGCUCUCAGCUCCCUGCAAGACAUGGUCAGAGUUUUGGGUUCAUGUCUACUGCUUCGAAUGUGGCAGUACCUAGGUGAUAAGAUAGAAUGUAUGGAGAAAAACGACCAUAUACUCCCCAAAAUGGUAUAGUUCUUAAAGGAAAAA